GUUUCUAUUCAGUUCCUAUCGUUCAGUCUAGUGAGUCUGUUAGUGAUCGGCGACGUUAUGAUACUGCUACUGAUUGCUUUCGGUCAACACUUGACAUUACAAGCCUCUAAACUCUGUGUUGAGUUUAGCAGGAUGCUAGUCGAUUUGUUUGUGAUCAAUCACAGAAAUGUCCAUUAAAUAUCUGACUUACAUUAUGCUAAUUAUGGAUGCCUAGAGGAGGAUCUGUCUUAUUUUGUGUUUAGGAGCUAGGAGUGUGGAAUCGCUUGGUUGUGGUGUCUAUUCAUGGCAAUUAACGAUGCUUAGUAGUAAUGGAGUAGCGAUGGAUUUUCAAGAUAUCGUGCAAGUCUUACGGUCUGAGCUGAUUCCAAAGCUGCAUGCUCUAUGUGACUACAAAACAAGGCUAAAAGAAUUUAGCUUCAAUAUCUUUCAAGUAUCUUGAAGCAAAUGUUGCCAUGGAACAGAGUAGUUUGAUGGAUAGCAGAUAAUCUGAUAGCGAAGUAUCAAUGAAUAAGAAGAUGACAUGACUCCCUACUCGGAUGAAACAUCAGAUAAAACUAGCUCACCUCGUAGCUACCGACGUCGAUUAGUUUAGUAUGUGGCUCGAUGUAUGGUCACUUACCACCAAAUUAUCUCAACUUUACGUCUAUGCUGCGCCAGUUGUGAUAGAGGAUACAAAAAAGAGUAGCAAAAAGAAGGCUCGUAUACCAAGGACGGUCUUGGCUCUUCCACGACAAAGACAAACCUCUCGACCAAAAGAACCUUGGGAAAUCAACCAAAAGAUCCUUGGUCUUCAAGGCAGGUUAUUUGAUGGCAACCCCUUCUUUCAAGGAGACAUCAUACUCGACCACAGAACAAGAAACGUCGUACAAGGAGGUUUCUCGCGUCGAAGAAGAGCCGUCAAGCGAUUGUCAAAAUAUCGUUGGCCCCGAGGAAUCAUCCCUUACGUCAUAAGCAAGGGUAUCGCACCAAAAACCAGAAGAGAAAUCAAGAAAGGAAUACGACACUGGAGAAGAAAAACUUGCCUUCAUUUUCGUCACAAAAGAACGAAUGAUACAGACUAUAUCAAGUUCGUUAAUGAGCCAGGAUGUUGGUCUUACGUUGGACGGGCAGGCGGUGAGCAGAAGAUAUCAAUAGGAGCAGGAUGUGAGUUUGUGGGUACUGUUAUCCAUGAAAUCGGACAUGCUGUAGGGUUUUGGCACGAACAAAGCCGAAGAGAUCGUGACGACUACAUCAAGAUCGUAAAAGAUAAUAUUGAGCCUAGUGCCGAGGCGCAGUUCAAAAAACUACCAAACAGGCUAAUGGAUUCCAUGGGCUAUGCUUACGACUUCGAAUCCAUUAUGCAUUAUGGACCCAAGUUCUACAGCAAGAAUGGCAAAGCAACCAUUAAAAUAAGGAAAGUUGGAAGAAGAAUAGGAGCAAGAAUUGGUCAAAGGAAAGGUCUUUCCUGGAUUGAUAUAGCACAAGUACACGCCAUGUACAAAUGUAAUGUCAUCCCUUCCCAUGAAUCAGUGACAUGUUUUAAUAGUUCAACUGGCAACGGACGAGACUAUCGGGGUAAACUGAACUACACCGUGAAAGGAGUGAUGUGCCAGCCAUGGUCACAGCAAUGGCCACACCAGCACAAUGAAAUGAACGAUCCAAUCAGGGCAGCCAAUGAUGGUCUUGGUGACCACAGCUACUGCCGCAAUCCACGAGGGAGGAAGAGUCGUCCAUGGUGUUAUACUACACUUAAACGAACAGUAUGGCAGUACUGUGAUAUCAAAAUUUGUCGGAGUGCUAAAUCAAAACGAGGAACGUAAAGCAAGUAAAGUACAGGAAGAACGGAAAAAGAGCUGGUUGCAAAAAAAGGAAGCCAGAGGAAGAAGAGCCAUAAUACAAUGCGUCUUGAAGCCAUUUGGUUAAGCCUUAUCAAUGAUCAGAUAAUUCUUAUAGUUUACUGGUCAAUAAGCAAAUGUUUUUCUGCCAGUCAAACAACGCCUACAAAUUUUGUUCAUCCAGUAUGGACCCCCAUUAUCCUUCCAGGUCACAGGCUUGGUUUAACAGACAAAACAUAUCUAAAACCUUCACCUAAAGGAGAUAUCUUUUGUUAUUACUGCUAUACGACCACUGACAAGGAUAAAAAGUGACAGUGAUAUAAACACUAUAUGGCAAAUAUAAUACCUAAUAUAUAAAUAUUAUUAAGUCAAUGUACAAUAUUUUGUCCCAUUGACUUACGCCUCAAUCAAUACAUGGUUGGUGUAUAUGCUAUUUGUUAUUUUCAAAGAAAGUUAAUUAAUGUCUAACAAAUCUGCUGUCAAUCAAGCAAGCGUAGCAUAUAUACUGCCAUAUUUAAUAAUUUUAAUAAAGGUCUGUCAGCAAUGGAAAGAACCUUUUAACAGGCUGAUAUGUUAUCCAUUACAAAACGCGUAAAAUUGAGAAAAGCGAGUGCCUGGUCCAAGAUAGGAAUACAUAAUGUAAGCUAUGCUACGUUUCUUAGGACGAUGGUAGUAGAUGGUAGAUAUUAUAGGUUUGUUAGUAAUUUGUUAUAGAGAGCAUUACAAGUUAUUAUUUAAAUUGAUAUAGUACUCGACAUAUAGGAAGAAUGCUCCAAGCCUCGACACUAGGCAAAUCAACUUUAUGCUAAUUUAUGUUAAUUUAUUCAAUAGAAUCGAGUCGUCGAUUUGUUCUAAUAUUAGAGUGUCAAAAGAAAUAACGGAAUACUUGACAUGAACUACUUAUUGUAUUAUAUAAAAACGGCAGCUUUCAGGGUUUGCACGUUACCAUAGUUACGGGAAUAUCAAACACUGAGCUUUCAGUAACUGCCAAAUAUGGUGUUGUUACCAAAUAUGGUGUUGUAUUUGAUUUUUAUAGCCGAUGAUCAUUUCCAGGAAAAGCAGAACGAAAAAUGAAUGGAUUAGUUGUACAAAUGUAAAAGAAAUAUAUUUAUAUAAAUAAAGUAAUACGAAUCUAAUAUGGAACAAUAUUUACAUAAAAACGCAAUAUAUGGUAAAAUUGAAUGAGCCAACACAGUCGUGUAACCAUCAUGCCUUGCAAUGAGACUCGUCACGUGAUAAUAAAAUAUAUGUACCUCUGUACUA